UAAAACACUCGGUGAGAAACCGAAAAUCUUUUAACGUACCGUUUCGUCCAUCUGGUCUGUCGUUGCGAGGCCUCGGCGCCCAACCUCGUCAGUUUCAGUCACGUUCUCACCCGUGUCUUGAUCUCUGUGCUAACCUGCUUGGUUUGAUCACGUCUUCCGCUGCCCUGUCGAGACUGUAAUAACGCGCUCAUUGGACGAGAGCUCCGGUAAAUGAUGGACCAGAGCAGAAACUCGCGUGUGACUGAAAUUCGGUCCGGUCGGCAGUGACGAAAUGCCACCGCGUUGUCUUCGGGAUCCGAAUGCGCAGUCACGCUACUUUCGCAGCGUCUUUGGAUGAAAUGGAUUACGACUAAUGUAAAUAGGGACUGAGUCUGUGAAAUGUAAAGUGCCUUGUGAUUUUGUUAAGUUUUGUAAUGAAAGCUUUAAUGUGAAUAUUGUUAAACAGCGGCAUUCGGACUGACGACCACAGUGCUUACUGCUAGAGGCUGCAUAGUAGUGCCGUCUCUUAACUUAUUUAUGAUUUACGCGAAUUAGAAAACCAGUCGUGAGAUUCUCGCUUCUUUGCCUUUGGUCUAGCCGAAUUGUUCGUAUAUUUUAAUUUUUGCUUCGGGGCUGUCGCAGUGGAGGUUCCGUUGAUCGUUGUUUCGAUUUGGUUCCAGUUUAGGUUGACUUUUAAGGGACUCUGCUCUGGUGGACUGAAGGUCCAGUCGUCAGGCGCCCGUGUUGCCAUCUGCAGAGCGUUGAUAUACCAACGAGGCUGUUGUUGGCUUGCCUCGUUGUGUAAAGAUUUCUGAUGAAACUGUAAAGUGUUGGUGUUUUGGGACGUGUGGGAGUUGUAGUAUCAGACGGGGCUCGUUGUAACUCGGAAGCAGAUUGACGCCUUCGUUAUCGAUAAACUGCAUCGAGCGUCGAAGAUAUUCCUAUGUUUCAGCAGAUAUUUGCGUGGUCAUCUUCAGGGUGGUGAGGGCGAGAUGCUGUCAGGCGGAGAGCCACCGUGUCAUUUGAUGAAACAGGCGAUGAGUAACUGAUGAUUUCUCGCCGUCAAGUGUGAGGAUAGCGACUCUUUUCUCAGAUGUCGUGCCAUGUAGUCUGGUAGAAAUCGACUAACAUUUCAGAGGUGCUUACUGCGUGCAUCUUCAGGGUGAUUAUGCAUUAUCCCAGGAGGCAGUCAUCGUCAGGUUAUGGAUAAAGCUAAGAGUGACGACGUUGUUCACUCUGAAGAUGGAAGCUGCUGUACCUGGCGGAACAUUUGGUGGCCUUCAGUAAAUGGCCCAGGUUAUCAGCUUGACGUGGAAGACGGAGUUAGUCAUUAAUCUGUAGCCAUGGAAACCAGAAGACAUCCAGUGUACCGCCUACAGAUUCUUCUUCUUUGAUACCCCGGGAGCAAAUAGUGGUCGAAGAGGUUCUUUUUCCUGUGUGGUGCCGGUGUUUAAAUUUCCUUCGGUGGCAAGUGGACGUCGUCACUGCUCUCGGAAGAGAUCAGCUGCGCUGUUGAAUAAAGUUCAUUGAAUUUACUGGCAAGGAAGCAUUUGAAUACUCAGGAUGCAGACCAUUGCUAUCUCCUGUAGCACUAAGCACUGACGCGUCGUUCGGUCGAUAUUACGUCGCAGCGUGCUACUGCCUUACUCUGUGAUACAGGAACGCUGGUCCGUCGUCUUCUCAGCAAUAAAGGUGCGUACAGUGUUUUGGUACUUACGUUUGUGUUCGUGUUUAGUAAGUUGUAAUUUUUUCUAAUGCCUACUUUUUGUUUCUCUUUUGCGCGGUGGUUGCGACUGGAUUUUGAGCGCAAGAGGAGGACAAACGUCUGUUGUUAGCGAACUCUGAUUCCGGAAGACAUGCCAGUCAGGAUCACACUCUCUUGCAAGAAGGGAUGGACCAGGAAGACUACGGAGUAGGCUACAUCGAGGAGGACCAUCCGCUUCGUCCAGAGGCGGCAGCACAGUCGCUGGCGCUGUUACAAGUACCGGAUAAAUCCGGGCGCUCCAGGAACACCUCCAUAUCGUCCUCUGUGACUGACCUUGACGCGCCCAUCUACACACGCGAUGACUCGCGGUCUACGCGCCAGCAUGGUUUCAACGGGCGCCUAGUUUUCGCAAUUGCCGCUGCGGCGCUCGGGUCGGCCUUCCAACAUGGCUACAACACUGGAGUUGUAAACGCACCCCAGAAGCUCAUCGAAGACUGGAUUAAAGUGACCGAACACAACAGGACAGACCAGGUCGUGGAUCAAUCGAAAGUGACCAUCAUAUGGUCUAUCGCUGUAGCUAUCUUCUGUGUGGGUGGUAUGAUAGGAGGUGCCAUCACGGGCAUCGUCGGACGGAAGGGCGGUCUCCUGCUCAACAACGUGUUGGUUGCGGUUGCUGCCAUCUUUGAAGGUGUCUCAAAAGCCGCAGGAUCGUACGAGAUGAUCAUCAUUGGCCGAUUUUUCAUCGGUAUUAAUUCUGGACUGAAUGCUGGCCUGGCACCGAUGUAUCUUGCUGAGAUCUCACCAGUUCAUCUGAGAGGAGCGGUUGGUACCGUGUAUCAGUUGGUCAUCACCAUUUCCAUCCUGGUGUCACAAAUUCUGGGCCUGGAAUCAAUCCUGGGCACUGAGGAAUCCUGGCCGGUCCUGCUGGCAAUCACAGUGGUCCCUGGGAUCUUCCAGCUGGUCACACUCCCCAUCUGCCCUGAGUCACCAAAAUACUUGCUGCUUAGUAAGGGACAAGAAAUGGAGGCCCAGAGAGCACUGACCUGGUUGCGAGGCACUAUCGAGGUUCAUGACGAGAUGGACGACAUGCGCAAUGAGUAUGAGGCGAUGAAGCUUGUCCCCAAGGUGACCAUCAAAGAGAUGUUUGUCAAUGCGACUCUGCGUAUACCACUCAUGAUUGCCAUGAUGGUCAUGGUUGCUCAACAGUUAUCUGGAAUCAAUGCUGUCAUGUUCUUUUCGACGAAGAUCUUCAGGAUGGCGCAGUUGGACGACAAGAGCGCACAGUAUGCUACGUUAGGGAUGGGCGCGGUGAACGUGUUCAUGACGCUUGUGUCGAUGGUCAUUGUGGAGAAGGCAGGCCGCAAAACGUUGCUGCUCAUUGGAUUUGCUGGCAUGUGUGUUACCACUGUGCUGCUCACCAUCAGUCUUGCCUACGUGCAGAAUGCUGCGUUGUGGGUGUCAUAUGUUAGCAUUCUGCUGGUCAUCCUCUUUGUAGUCAUGUUUGCGAUCGGACCCGGAUCCAUCCCUUGGUUUCUGGUGUCGGAGUUGUUCAACCAAUCGGCACGAGGAGCGGCAACAAGCCUUGCUGUUGCGGUCAACUGGACUGCUAACUUCAUCGUUGGCAUUGGCUUCUUGCCACUGCAGGAAGCUAUGGGUGGAAAUGUGUUCAUCAUCUUUACCAUCCUGCUGGCUCUGUUCGUCCUGUUCGUUUACAAGAAGGUUCCUGAAACGAAGAACAAGACAAUAGAGGAGAUCAGCUCCAUGUUCCGACAGAUUUCUUACCAGUGAAGCGGUGUGGAUUAUGUGGUUUAGAACUUGGAAGAGUGCUGCUGUCUGAUGUGCAGCAUCUGUGGCGAAGUUCUCAAGAUGACCCUUAAUUGUGAUGUCUUCUCUUCAUUCGUGUUCUUGUGCUGAAAUAUUUGCUGUUUGCGAAGAAUAGGUUAGUGGCAGGGAAAAUGACCUUUUUCCGUAAUUUUAUAAAUGUGGAAAAAGGAAUGAAGUAUAAUUUCUUUAAGACUUCACCUACUUUUUUAAUAUCCACAAGUUCUCUUUAUGUCGGAAACAGGUUGGCUUAUGUGUACUUGCGUCUGAUCUCAGUAAAGAGAUGCCUGUGACGUGGAGUUUAAAUGAUAUUUAGUCACAUAUAUAUCUCCAUUUGUAUUUGUCAUUUAAUUUAUAUACAUGUAAUAGAAGAAUAGUAUUUUUAUAAACAAGCAAAUUUUUUAGCACAUUUACCAGCUAUUGAAGAUGAACGUUACAGGUCCGAUUAAUACGAAGUGAUGAACAGUCUUUAUACAGGGAAAUUUGCAUGUGUGGAGACAGCAGCAGUUAUGAUGCGCUGACGUCGGAACAUACUUGCUCUCAGAGCCAAUGUAAUGGUUUAUACUGAUGGUUGCACCAACAUCUUGUACAUUGUAAACUUGUUUAAUCAGUAUUUGUACUGUCAUAUUUUUCUGGGCUGUUUGAGGUAUCAGCUUCAAGCCAUUUGGCCUUUUUUCCACCCCUUUCUUUAUUUGAAGUAAUUGCAAUAGUCUGAUUGCUCAGUUCGGAAACAUCAUGGAAAAUACUUAUUCUUAAAGAGUCGAUCAAAUGACUCUACAUAUAGAAACUUAAGCAGGAGGGAUGAAUCUUCAGAAUGCUCUUUGCUGUAUUUGAAUCCACUGCAAACAAAAUUCAGCAUCCCCUACUCUCGAGUCCAGCACGAUGCCAGUGCACACGUAAAACCACAAGUGAGUAGCAACAUUGUGAUAAUGUGCUGGGUGUCCAUAUCUGUUGAUGACCUCAAGGGUGGUGAUAAAUGAUGAUGAAAGGUUGGUAUAAUGGUGAAUGGUGAGGGAAAGUUGAUGUAAUCAGAGAAAGCCUGUCCCAGUGCUACUUUGUUUGUCGGAAAUCCAGGAAGGACUACCUGGGAUUGAACGUGGUACUCGGUUGUUGGACACGAGUGCCUAAUUGUCGGUGGUGACGAACUGUCCGAACAUUGUUUUAGUCGCUCUGAUAUGAAAAUAAAGCAGUCAGUAGGAUUAGAUAAAAGUUAAUGUCGUAAUAUAUUUUUAUAAUUGCUGAGCUUAUUUGAUAGUGAGUUUCGAAAGAUCUUUUUGAAGCAUGUUAUUAUCCGAUCAUGUUUUCUCUGCAUCCAGUCUAAGACACAUUUUCUAGAUUUAUAGUUGGUGUACCGUCUUGGUCAAAGUGUUUCAAACCGUGGGCUAGGCUGAGUUGUUGGUGUGCCAUAUUGGACAUCUCUGCCAAAAUGUUGACCAUAAUUUAUCAUUUGUUUCUCAACCAACCUGCAUGCCAUGAAAUUUUUAGUCCAGUUGCAUUUCUACACAUUGACAGCAGUUCAGAAAGUGUGGUAAUAGCAGUGACAUUUUGUUUAGCCCUGUUCUGUCUUGUCAUUGACCCGUGUUGCUAUUUCUUUGUUAUACCUUGGUAUUUUUCAUCAUGUUUGUUUUGUACCAAUGAUAUUCUUGCCCAGAAUUUAUAUCUUUAAUUUUAAUAUUUUCCUGUGCUCCUCUCUUCAUUUAUUACUUGUUCGUAAAAUAUCGUCCAUCUGUUACGUCUCUCUGCGAACUGUAAUGCAUAUCAUAAUGAACUAUAUAAAUUAAAGUGUAACAGUGUAUGGUAUGACAGGAAUUUGAUGUGCUUUGUGCUGUGCAGUAUUUUAGUGUGCAGAGGUUGGGAAGCCCUGAUCUUAAUAAAUUGAGAUGUCUGCGUUAUUCAGUUAGGGCUUUUAUUUUUGUACAAAGUAGCAUCGGGCUGAAAUAAAGUUAUACUCGAGAGUGGCAGCGUGAAAACUGUUUUACCAACUUUUUAUUUUGUUAUCAUUCAUAUUUACAGUUGGAAGAACUUUAUUGUUUUAAUUAUAGGUUACCUAGAACUGUAUGUUAGUUUUAAAUUUUUGUACCGUCUUGGCUAAUAUUUUUUAUGUUAGUAUGUAGCUAGUCAGAUGUCAAGGCGCCUGAGUCGAGGGUGCUGCACUGAAGCACUUCGUGUCAUGCUGUCCUCAAUUUGAUCAAGAACUGGUACUUGUACACUUUCAUUUCUUAUUUUACGUUUAUACUCGAUAAAAAUUUAAUUAGAAAUUUGAUGUGGAAUUGAACCCAGCUCAUAACCAGUCAUGUUUGUAAUGAUGUCUUAUAGGGAGCUGAUUCUUUCUGCAGAAUAGAGCCAAUUAUCUUGAUCAUACUUGGGAAGUGAUUGUGUUUAAUUGUUCUCUAAAAUGUCAUCGGAACAAAAUUUGUUCUGUUAAUGAAUGCUGUGGGUCCUGCAGUGAGUGCUGGUCUAUAGCGGCAUUACCAUCUGCAGACUCGUGAAAGAACCCUCUAUAAAUGAACCAUCAGGACUGUUUCUAGACAGAAAAUUGUGGACGGGAUGUGUGCAUUCCAACAGGAGUGGGCAAAGUUGCUCAGGCUCUGUGUAUCAUUGGACAUAGCAACAUCGAUGCACAUUACAACCAAAGAGGUAGAAUAAUUCUCUGAAGUGUUGAGCAAGUUCUUAACUUUUUUCUGAGUACAUUUUUUUUUUGUAGAUAUAAAUGUGCAUAUUUUUACACAAUCAGCGACAUGAAUAUCCAAUUACACAGGGUUUGAGGUUCUCAAGCAAAAGUUUUGACUAUUGUCUUCUGGGUUGGGAUUUUGUAGAUGGUUACAGAGGAACUAUCACUUCCAUAAUUACCUCCUGUGAAAUGCUGGUAAUCACCUACAAGACCAUAAUGACAUGUACAUUUAAGUUUGAUUGUCUUUGUGACGUGUGUCAUGUUACUGUUUUUGUUUAUUUUGUGACAGUAAUUUUAUAUUGUAUACUGUUUGGAUGAUACGCAGCCCGUAGAACUGUUGGUCCACAGCUUGCCCACUCGUGACUGUCAGCUGGUAGCUGCUUCAGCCUCUGCUUCCAGAGAGAAGCGUAACUGUGUCAUUUUUAACAUAAACUUGUAACUUAUAGGUGGUGAAUUAUCAUUUGUAUAUAGUUUUUAUUGAGAAAUUUUAGCUGUGAGUAAUUGGUAGUAAUGUGUAUGAAAGAGAGUGUAAUAAGGGAAGAAUGCUUGAUGAAUAUAUUGAAGAAGUGAUUGUGUAAA